AUGACUACAUUCCGACUUCCUCAAGGACUAUUUGAUCGAAUUGAAUUACAAUGGAGUUCAAACGAAAGUAUUCCUGGGAUUCAAUCAUUCUGUAAAUGGAGACAAGAAGUUAUAUCUGAUCCGAAAGCAACUGUCAGUCUUAAAAAGCAACUAAAAGCUCCUAGAAAUAUAUAUAUAGGGGCAGGUCGCAAAAAAUACUUUGGAUGGGAAAGUUUCGAAUACAAAGAUUUGGACAUAACCAAACCACAAGAUUUUUCAAGAUGGUUUUGUCCUGAAUCCAUUGCUGCUUUUCUCACAGAACAUACGGUUGAGCAUAUUAGUUACGAAGAUAUGAUUCGAUCAUUAAAAUUAAUGCAUCAAUACUUAAUGCAUGGUGGAUAUAUAAGAAUUGCUCUACCUGUCUAUAGGUUAGGCAGAAAGAAGCACAUUUUCGGUUCUUUGGAGAAAGCAUAUGGUCAUAUUAAUGCCCCAACCGUUGAUGAACUUAUAGAAGCAUUGAACGUCGCAGGAUUUUUUGACAUUCGAAAGCUGGAGUAUGGGGAUGCAAAAGGUUUCAUACAUACUUCCGAUUGGGAUCGCUGCAAGGGAAUGAUUGAUCGAUCGGUUAAAUAUGAUUAUAGGAACCAAUUAUGGCGCCGAAGCAACCGAUAUAAUGGAUUAAAUCUGUCAAAGUCAGAUGAAAUUGCUCAAAAUAUUAUUAAGACCGCAGGUGUAACUGCAUCUACAAUUGUGGAUGCAUACAAACAGUAA